CAAUGUGCCCCAUACCACAGUCAAUUUCCAACAGACAUCUGGAAUUCAGGCCCCAACACCCAUGGCCACCAUUCCUUUGCCUCCCACAGCAGCCAACCAAAGUGUGGCCUGGAAGAUCUUCUGUUUAUGCUGCAGAGAGUGUGAGGAGUCCUGUGUCAUCAGCAACUGCAAUGAUCCCAACCAAAUCCAAGAGCAUCAGCCAUCAGCCCAUGAUAUGCGGCUUCAGAAGAAUGGGCCUGGUGGACAAAACCCCAAGCAUGCUAAAGGAACCUCCCGCUUGCCUUCAGAAAAACCCCUGAUCCAUCCAAAAGAGACAGCUUCCUUGACCAACAGUGAUUUCAAGGAUCUGUAUACACGAGCUUCCCAAAGCAAUUUUUACAAGAGGAACCUAGAUCGCUACUCCCAGGAGCGCUGGCCUUUCCAGACGUGCUUCAUUGGGAGACCCUGA